AUGGCAACUUGGACAAUUUGUGUGCUGAUUGGAAUAUUUGCUUAUUCUAUCUGUGUAAAAGGAUCUUCCCAGCCCCAAGCAAGAGUUUAUUUAACAUUUGAUGAACUGCGGGAAACAAAGACCUCUGAAUAUUUCAGCCUAUCCCACCACCCUUUAGACUACAGGAUAUUAUUAAUGGAUGAAGAUCAGGACCGGAUAUAUGUGGGCAGCAAAGAUCACAUUCUUUCCUUGAAUAUUAACAAUAUAAGUCAAGAACCUUUGAGUGUUUUCUGGCCAGCAUCUACAAUGAAAGUCGACGAGUGCAAAAUGGCUGGCAAAGAUCCCACACAUGGCUGUGGGAACUUCGUCCGUGUGAUUCAGGCUUUCAACCGCACUCACUUGUAUGUUUGUGGGAGCGGUGCUUUCAGCCCUGUCUGCACUUAUUUGAACAGAGGGAGGAGAUCAGAAGACCAAGUUUUUAUGAUUGACUCCAAGUGUGAAUCUGGAAAAGGACGUUGCUCUUUCAACCCCAAUGUGAACACAGUGUCUGUUAUGAUCAAUGAGGAGCUUUUCUCUGGAAUGUAUAUAGAUUUCAUGGGGACAGAUGCUGCUAUUUUUCGAAGUUUAACUAAGAGAAAUGCAGUCAGAACUGAUCAGCACAAUUCCAAAUGGCUAAGUGAACCUAUGUUUGUGGACGCACACGUCAUCCCAGAUGGCACUGAUCCUAAUGAUGCUAAGGUGUACUUCUUCUUCAAAGAGAAACUGACAGACAACAGCAGAAGCACUAAACAGAUUCACUCCAUGAUUGCUAGAAUAUGCCCUAAUGACACUGGUGGACUGCGUAGCCUUGUCAAUAAGUGGACCACGUUUUUGAAAGCGAGACUAGUGUGUUCAGUAAUGGAUGAAGAUGGUCCAGAAACACAUUUUGAUGAACUUGAGGAUGUAUUUCUGCUGGAAACGGAUAAUCCAAGGACUACAUUAGUUUAUGGCAUUUUUACAACAUCAAGUUCAGUGUUUAAAGGAUCAGCCGUUUGUGUGUAUCAUUUAUCUGAUAUUCAGACUGUGUUUAAUGGACCUUUUGCCCACAAAGAAGGGCCCAAUCAUCAGCUGAUUUCCUAUCAGGGCAGAAUUCCAUAUCCUCGCCCAGGAACUUGCCCAGGAGGAGCAUUUACACCCAAUAUGCGAACAACCAAGGAGUUCCCAGAUGAUGUUGUCACUUUUAUUCGGAACCAUCCUCUAAUGUACAAUCCCAUCUACCCAAUCCACAGAAAGCCUUUGAUUGUCCGUAUAGGCACAGAUUACAAGUACACAAAGAUCGCUGUGGAUCGAGUAAAUGCUGCUGAUGGUAGAUACCAUGUCCUAUUUCUUGGAACUGAUCGGGGUACUGUGCAGAAGGUGGUUGUUCUUCCUACUAACAACUCUGCCAGUGGUGAACUCAUUCUGGAAGAACUGGAAGUUUUCAAGAAUUAUGCUCCCAUAACAACCAUGAAAAUAUCAUCAAAAAAGCAACAGUUAUACGUGAGCUCCAAUGAAGGGGUUUCCCAAGUGUCUCUGCAUCGCUGCCACAUCUAUGGCACAGCCUGUGCUGACUGCUGUUUGGCAAGAGACCCUUAUUGUGCCUGGGAUGGCCAUUCUUGCUCUAGGUUCUACCCAACUGGAAAGCGGAGGAGCCGAAGACAAGAUGUGAGACAUGGAAAUCCAUUGACUCAAUGCAGAGGAUUUAAUCUAAAAGCAUACAGAAAUGCAGCUGAAAUUGUUCAGUAUGGAGUUAAAAAUAACACCACUUUCCUUGAGUGUGCCCCCAAGUCUCCACAGGCAUCCAUCAAGUGGUUGUUACAGAAAGACAAAGACCGGAGGAAAGAGGUCAAGCUGAAUGACCGAAUCAUAGCUACUCCACAAGGACUCCUGAUUCGUUCCAUUCAGGAUUCUGACCAAGGACUUUAUCACUGUAUUGCAACAGAGAACAGUUUCAAGCAGACAAUAGCCAAGAUCAACUUCAAAGUUUUAGAUUCAGAAAUGGUGGCUGUUGUGUCAGACAAAUGGUCUCCAUGGACCUGGGCCAGCUCUGUGAGGGCUUUACCCUUCCACCCAAAGGACAUCAUGGGGGCAUUCAGCCACUCAGAAAUGCAGAUGAUUAAUCAAUACUGUAAAGAUACUCGGCAGCAACAUCAUCAUGGUGAAGAGUCCCAAAAGAUGAGAGGGGACUAUGGCAAGUUAAAGGCUCUCAUCAACAGCCGGAAAAGUCGCAAUAGGAGGAAUCAGUUGCCAGAAUCAUAA